GCCUCCUCUCUCUCUCUCUCUCUCCCUCUCCCUCCCUCCCUCUCCUCUCCUCCCUCGCGACGCGAGUCCGCACCCCCGCCUCCGCCGGAAGAUCCGCCGGCGCCCUGCCGUCUCCGCCGCAUCCUCACCCACCGGUGGAGGGAGGGAGGAGAGAUAGGGGAAGAUGGGGCUGGCGUUCGGUAAGCUCUUCAGCCGGCUCUUCGCCAAGAAGGAGAUGCGGAUCCUCAUGGUCGGCCUCGACGCCGCCGGAAAGACCACCAUCCUCUACAAGCUCAAGCUCGGCGAGAUCGUCACCACCAUCCCCACCAUUGGGUUCAAUGUUGAAACUGUCGAGUACAAGAACAUUAGCUUCACAGUCUGGGAUGUGGGGGGUCAAGACAAGAUCAGACCUCUUUGGAGGCAUUAUUUCCAGAACACACAGGGUCUUAUCUUUGUUGUGGAUAGCAAUGAUCGGGACCGUGUUGUGGAAGCUAGAGAUGAGCUCCACAGGAUGCUGAAUGAGGAUGAGCUACGCGAUGCUGUGUUGCUUGUGUUUGCCAACAAGCAAGAUCUUCCUAACGCUAUGAAUGCUGCUGAGAUUACUGAUAAGCUUGGAUUACAUUCCCUUCGCCAGCGACACUGGUACAUUCAGAGCACUUGUGCCACAACUGGUGAGGGUCUGUACGAAGGCCUGGAUUGGCUGUCCAGCAACAUUGCCAGCAAGGCUUGAAGCUUGGAACUCCGACCAUAAAACUUGGAGCUGACUAGGAGCAAUGCAUGUAUCUCAUUCAUACAUAGUUUGAAGCACUGCUUCAAUCUUGUUAGGUGUCUUUGGCAAGCCCAAUAUUUUUUUUGUAAUGAUACCUCACUCGAAUGUCAUCUCGCUUAUUAUCUGCACCUCUUCCUUUUGCACAAGGAUUUGCCAUACGAUGUUUCUGUGGCCAUAUUGUGAUGAACUUGACCAAUACCUUCAAUAUACUUGUUAGCUGUUUCAUUUC